AUUCACCCACAUCACACACAAAACAAAGAAAAAAAUGGUUAGCCCUUCACACCUAAAAUCUCUGCAACAACUUCAAGCUUUAUCGGUAAAGCCUUCUUCCUCCUCUUCUUAUUCUUCACCUUCUACCACCUUAACCUUCAUGAAAAUCAAAACCCUAAUCCAAACCUUCAUUUUCUCCCAUGUAUGCCGUCUUAUCCGCACUCUUGAAAAAGCAAAAUCAAUUUUCAUUGAGUUUUUGAAGGAUAAUAUUCACUCUGUGCACUUUAUUCUCCCUUCAAAGACAUCAAAAUUGAACAAGCACAAGAAGAAAAUAUUUUUUGGGUCUUUUCGGUUGCACUACAAUUGGUGUUCUUCGCAUGUCGCACCAGUGCCAGCACCUGUGUUAGACGAAGCGACGUAUUUUCAUUAUGAUUUGACGUGGAAUUCAAUGAUUCCUAUUGAACAAAGUGACCAUGAAAGAGAAUCUGAACUCUCAGAAUAUCUUAUUUGGCUCGAACAAAAGGUUCACGAUAACAAUAGUAACAAUAAUGCUUCAACUGAGCAGAAGAUGAAUGAAAUUGAUCGAUUGGCUGAUCUUUUCAUUGCAAAAUGCCAUGAAAAGUUCAGGUUGGAGAAGCAAGAGUCAUACAGGAGAUUCCAAGAGAUGCUCGCCAGAAGCAUGUGAAGAUGAAGUGUUUGUUACUUCUUAAUUUUGCUUUUCCACUCUUCUAUGUUUCCAUACAUUGGUGGGGUAAGCAAGUACAGUGACAAUUAUUGGGCUGAUUAGUUUAAUAUUUUGGGUUUUUAAGUUUAAUUUUUUGUAACUUUUAAUUAGCCUCAUGUUUUCGUUUAGUUAAAUAGAAGUGAGAGAUGGGAGAUUUUGAGAGAAUUGUACAUUAUGGUUUGUCCAUAUUUGUGUGCAAAUCUUAUCUGUUGUUUUGUUUUUUUUU